GCUGCCCGCCCCGCACGGCUCCGUCCCGGCCAUGGCUCUGCGGCUGCUGCGCGGCGCGCCCGGGGCAGCGAAGUCUUCGCUUCUUUGGCACUCACGAAGCAGCUCCAGCUCUAAGCCAGGAGGAAGAGCUCAACCUGCUAAGCAGCCACUAAAGAAACCAAAGUUACCAGUGGGGAGGUUUGAUGAACCAGAAGAGUCCAGUAUGGAGAAGGAACCCCUGGAAAAAUUCCCUGAUGGAAUCAAUCCUACUACAAAAGAGAGGGGUGGACCCAGAGGCCCUGAACCUACACGUUUUGGAGACUGGGAAAGAAAAGGACGUUGUAUAGAUUUCUAAUAUUGAAAUGUCUGUAUUGCUAAUAAAAUAUUUCUAGUUGCUAAAAUAUAUAAUGUACAGAAAAAAUCUCACCUGGAUUUGUCAUGGAGCUUAUUGUUUCUGUUGUGCCACCACAUUCUGUCAUGUGAUGAAUUUUUUUACUAAUGCAAUGUAAUUAAACACAGUGCUUUAGCUCAGAUUAUGGAGCUGUUUGUGGCUCAAUGUUUGCCUGAUCUUUAAUACUAUUUACACUGUGCAAGUAUAAAUGCAAGUACAGUGGUGUGAAAUUGGUAGUCAGGAGCUUAUUGAGAUGUAUAAGGGCUUGUAUUUCUUCAUGAAUAUAAAGAUUGAUGUGGUGGUGUAAAAGUGUUGAAAGAACUUUGCAUUUCAUGAACCUGAGCACCAUUCAUCAAAGGCAGAACCAACUCUGAGAUCCAUAGGUCACUGAUUUCACACAGUGGUUCCCUGGUGAAAGCCCCUUUACUCAAGAACCUUCCCUCUGUCCCUGUUGCAGUGGGUUGGGGUUUUUUCCUGUUUGUAGGGAAGGGACAGUCUUGUCUCUGAUUGAGGGCUGUAAGUAGCACAAUGGAAAUGGAGACUUAAAUUUUGGAGAGGGUCAGCUCUUGGUUGCAAGUAGUGUAGAGGUGCUCUAUUUGGAAUUCUAGAACACUGUCCUUUAUCACCUUCUUCAUGCUACUUACAUUAUCUUUUCUUUUGUAAGUGGAGUUGUCCUUUUGCACACGGGCUAACUGCUGCUUUGGAAAAAUACAGCAUUGUUGUCUGAAACCUUAUGGUUAAAGGGGACAAAUUCCAUUAGGUGAAGUCAUAUUGCAGGUCUUUAAGUUAUCUGGCAUCACAGUAAAUAUAUUUCAGUCACACUGAGCUCGGUUCUUGAUUCAAGAAUUUGCCUAGUUGUAAGUGCUGUAGUAGAGUAAUAGUAGCAUGCAAAUCUACCACUUGUGUGGGUACUUACUAAUGAGAGUAAGUUGUCAUUAUUGAAAUGUGAACAUGUGCUCUGUUUCUGUGCAAGUUCUUUGUGAUAGCCUGAACAAAUGGAUCUUCUCUAGUCAGAAUCAGAGAAGGGUGUGGGCUUUGCCCAGCUUUGCCUUUGCUUGGUUUAACUUAACUCGAGCAUUAAAGUGUGAGGGUCUUGUCACAAAUCUGAGCAGCCUCCCCUCAAGCUCACUUCACUGGCAGCCAGUGGGGGAGCUCCUUGUUGAAAUCUGGCAGUUUGUGUAUCCAGUGAGUGUGUUAGAGACACAGUCUUGCUCUAGCUGUGAGUUUGGAUGUUUGUCUCACUGUGGUGUUUCUCUACAAAAAUACUGAACCUAUUCAGUUACAGGUUUAUCAACCAAAUACCUCACUGACAAGAAAAAUGAGAUUAAUGAAAGCCUGUUUCUCAUAAAAAGUGUUAAUUAGUGGUAAUUAGAUUUUGAACCUUUAAAUUCUGCAACAUGGCUUGGAUAUUGGAAAAUUGGUUUGUAUUUGUAUCUGAUUCAUUCUGUUUUCCCUCUGUAUAGUGACAGAUCUUUUUAAAAUCUGUUGACAUUUUCAGUUACCUAAAGAUAAGCUGGGUCAGCUGUCUUUAAUUUCUUAAUUAUUUCUAGCAAUGUUUUGCCUUUUCAGUUGCUGGUGUGUUGGACACAAUACACCACCUUUUCAAAUAGGAAGUGGAAAUUUUAGUUGGAAGCUUCUGCCUUUUCUGCAUCGUUAUUUAUAGGCUUCACUUCUUAAUUCACAAAGAAGAGGUGAAAUACUGCAGUUAUUUUAUUUUUUAAUUCUAAAUCUUCUCCAUGGAUUGUUGCAUUACUUCAUUAUCUUCUCAUAUCAGGUUUUACCCUUUCCAGCAGACACUCCAUGAAUGUUUACCUAAUUGCACUUCUUGGCAUUCCUGAUUUUCAAAUCUAAUUACUUUACUCAGUGCUGACUGCAGGUGCAUUCCUCCCUGGAUGCAGACUUACAGUUUUGAUUUAGCAUAUGAAGAACUGCUCUCACUUUUCCAUCAUUUUCCUUACAUUUCACUUGCUUAUCUUUGGUCUCCCUCAGUGUUAAGGGCUGACCCAAGUGCUGUCCUGACCUCUGCUUGUCUUCUUUCAUGCAGGUGAUGACUGCUGCUGUCAGAGCCACA